CUCUCUGCUUGCUAAAUAUAGACUGAUACUCACCAGCUGUAUACGCUAUCAUGGUCUGGGCGGGAGUUCCAGAGGCGAUCGUGCAGCCAGGAGUGCCGUGGACGCGCGACUGCACCAUCAUCACCCUCAUCAUCACCCCGUUUCUCCUCGCGCAAUUCCCACCCUACUAUAUCCUCUGGGGCAUGUGUCUUCCUAUCCGACCCUUCUCCUAUGCCAGAUCCCCAAAGCAAAGAUCAUUUCGUAGUCUGCGAGUCUGUCUCGUCACCAAAGCGACCAACAUCCAGACUGUCCUCCACACCGUCGGACUGUGGAAACCUCUUAGCCAAACCUUCCGCAUCAGCUUCGUCGUGGUCGUCGAUUCCGCCCACAACCCAUUCACCACGCUUCUCCCCAGCUGGGUCGAGCAGCUGCAGGUUCCACCUUCCUUCCAAGCCGAGCGCGCCGCCCACAAAGCCCGUGUGCUCGAAUGGUACCGCCGACACAGCAACCUCACUGAGUGCGACUGGGUCCUGCACUUGGACGAGGAGACUGAGAUCGACGAGUACCUCGUGCAAGCAUGUUUCGACUUCAUCGAACGCGGGAAUGAAGAUAUUGGAAUGGGAACAAUCUAUUACAACGCCGCCUCGCACUGGAAGAACCCUCUCACCACCAUCGCCGAGAUCCUCCGCAUCGCCGAGAACUUCGGACGGUACCAGCUCCCCGUGCGGUUCUUUCGGCAGCCGUUGCUGGGGUUCAUGCGCGGCAGCUUUCUGCUGCUCAACGGGACGGUCGAGAAUGCGGUGACGUGGGAUACGGAUUGCCUGACGGAGGAUCAUUGGUUUGCAUUUUACGCCGCCAAACAAGGCUUCAAAUUCGGCUGGCUCAACGCGAUCGCCCGCGAACAGGCCCCGUCCACCCUCGUCGACCUCCUUCGCCAACGCCGCAGAUGGUACAGCGGAGAGCUGAUGAUCCCCAGCUGGCCGCUGCGGGUGAUAGUGGCGUUCAAUAUGCUGGAGUUUGUCGCGCAUUUCUGCUUAUUGAUGACAAUUAUCUACGGCGGGUGGCAAAUCCGCGUCCCCUACGGAUUCUUCGUCUGGACGACGUUCAACCUGGCGGUGCUGCUGCAUGGGCGCGUGGUCGCGUGUCUGAUGGAGGAUCUGGAUUGUCAUGCAACCGCCCUGCUGGAUAUCCCCGUGCAUGUGGUCUUGACGGUGGUGUUGGCGCCGGUGGUGGAUUUGAUCCAGGCGACGACGUUUCUGUGGACGGUUCUGCGGCCGACGCGGGAGUUCACGGUGAUCCGGAAGGACUAGGGCUGGUGGUUCUGAGUGGUGUGUGGCGGUUUAGGCCGGUUGUGCGGGG